AUGACAAUACUAGAGUCUAGAAUUCAUCAGAAUUUGCAAUUAGAAAACAAAGAGAUAAAGCAAAGUAUUGGAAGGGUGACAAAUCUCAUAGAAAAUUUCAUUGGUAAUCCUGAAUUAAGUUUGGCAUGCAACAUACCAAGUGGAAGUGACAACCUUAUCUCUACAAUUGAUUAUUUGGCUAAAAAUGGCAAUGUUGACAAUCUUGACUCUGUUAACUUGCUAAAUGCUCAUCCAGAGUUUGAAAAGAUAGUUAUGGCUAAGAAUGCGGCACGUGCCAUGGAAGAGCUCAUUGAUCAUUUAAUCAAUGAUAAUCCCUUUUGGAUAAAAUUUCAAAACAAUGGGAAUUAUGAGUUUGAUAGUAACAACUAUGACAAAUUUUAUUAUGGGUCUAAAAUACAAAGGGAUCCAAAAUCAAGAGUGGAGUACUCAAAGUAUUCUGAUAUAGUUACCAUGAAUGCCAAAGUGCUAGUUGAUCUCCUCUUAGAUUCAGAUCAAUGGGUUGAUAACUUUCCUACCAUUAUUUCGAAAGCAACAACUGUUAGUGUAAUAGAAGCUGGUUCAUUAGAUAAUCGAAGUGGCUCCCUACAGCUGGUUUACAAGAAAAUGCAUAGUUUACCACCAAUAAAUCGGCCAAGGGAAUAUACAUUACUUCAACAUUGCCAAGAAAUUAAGACCGGUUUAUGGGUUAUCGUAAAUGUUUCCUAUAAUAUGUUUGGAGGUACUUAUCAUAAUGCCCCGAUUCAUUAUUGGAAGCAUCCAUCUGGAUGGAUGAUUGAACAACUGCCUAACGGAAUUUCUAAGGUAACAUGCGUAGAGCAUGUAGAAGUUAAUUUUAACCUUCCAAAUUAUGACGAUCAAGUGAAAAACACAUUGGGGUUUUGUGCUAAAAGAUGGGUCACUACACUUCAGAAAACAUCUGAGCUUUAUUCUUAUAUGACAGAACAUGUUACACAAGGAAGGAGAAGCAUGAUGAUGCUCUCUCGUAGGAUGAUAAAGAAAUAUUGUUCUACCUUCUCUUUAUUUGAAGAUGCAAAUACGUAUGAAUUAAAAAGCAAUAGAGUCAAGAUUGACGUAGUGAAGAAUACUACCAGUGAUCUUCCAACUGGAUUAGUUAUCUCAGUUGCUCGUUCAUUUUGGGUUCCCGCGUCUCCCAACAAAGUUGUUGAAUUCUUGAGUGAUUAUACUACUCGAUCUCAGUGGGAUGUCCUUUGCAACGGAAACCCUGUGCAUGAGAUGAUUCGUAUACCAACUGGAAUUCAAUCCAUAAAUGCUAUCUCUAUUUUGCAGCCUAUGAAUCCUAAUGAGAGAAGUGAAAUGAUCUUUCAAGAAAUCAUGACAGGACCGUAUGAAUCGUUAAUAGUAUAUGCAGCAAUCAACGAACAAAACAUGAUAGGAGUAACUAAUGGCAUGGACUGCUCAAGUAUUCCAAUUCUUGCCUCUGGUUUUGCGAUCACACCUAAUGUUAUUGGUGGAAGAGCUGCACCAUCAGCCAGUUCGAGUGUUACACAUUUAGGUGGUUCUUUAAUUACCGUAGCCUUUCAGGUACUAGCUUGUAGCUCAUUGGAUACAAUAUAUGUGGGUGAUAAGCCAUCAAAGGCUACUAAAAUGGUAAAUAAUGUUGUUAAUACUUUAAAAGUUGUAUUUAAAAGGCCAGUUUAAGCAACUAUAGCCCUC